CCUUGACAGCGAACAUAAAAAGGACAUGUACCGGGCCGUUUAUAACCACACAGCUACUUAGCUAGCUAAUUAGCUAGGCCAUAGCUCCUAGCUCCUCGGACUUCAUUGUCCGCGGGAAUAACUGACGUCCAAUGCUUUUAUUUAUCGCAACCUGCAGUAUAUAUGUAGUGAAUUAGUCAUUUCAAUGGCGUUCAAUGGCCACCAACGCGACGAUGAAAGUAUCGACGAAGACGAAACGCCCACGAAGCAGCCGCGGUCCGACAAGGAGAUGCCCGGGUAUCUCAGAACCGAGCCCAACAAUGAGGCGGCCGCGCCCGCAGGAAGAGCCACAUCCGACCGGCGGACCUCCAACUCGACGGCGAGGCAUCGGAGCGACUCGGUGAAGAAAACAAGGCCGCCAUUUCCCUGGUUUGGGAUGGACAUUGGAGGCACCCUGGUGAAGCUGGUGUACUUCGAGCCCAAAGACAUCACAGCCGAGGAGGAGCAGGAAGAGGUGGAGAACCUGAAGAGCAUCCGCCGCUACCUGACCUCCAACACCGCCUAUGGUAAGACGGGCAUCAGGGACGUGCACCUGGAGCUGCAGGACCUGACGCUGUGCGGCAGGACGGGCAACCUGCACUUCAUCCGCUUCCCCACUCAUGACCUGCCGGCCUUCCUGCAGAUGGGCCGCAACAAGCACUUCUCCAGCCUCCACACCACCCUCUGCGCCACGGGAGGGGGGGCCUACAAGUUUGAGUCUGAUUUCCGCACGAUGGCCGACCUGCAGCUUCACAAGCUGGACGAGCUGGACUGUUUGAUUCGGGGGGUGCUGUACAUCGACUCGGUGGUGUCCCGCGGACCCUCAGAGUGCUACUACUUUGAAAACCCCACUGACCCCGAUCGCUGCAUCCAGAAGCCGUACACACUGGAGAACCCCUACCCUCUGCUGCUGGUCAACAUAGGGUCAGGGGUCAGCAUCCUGGCCGUCUACUCUGAGAACAACUACAAACGAGUUACAGGGACCAGCCUGGGUGGUGGGACCUUCCUGGGCCUGUGCUGCCUGCUGACCGGCUGCUCCACUUUUGAGGAAGCUCUAGAAAUGGCUUCUCAGGGGGAGAGCACGCGAGUGGACAAGCUGGUCCGGGACAUCUACGGAGGAGACUAUGAGAGGUUUGGGCUGCCAGGCUGGGCGGUGGCCUCAAGUUUUGGCAACAUGAUGUCCAAAGAGAAGAGGGAGUCGGUGUCCAAAGAGGACCUGGCCAGAGCCACACUGGUCACCAUCACUAACAACAUCGGCUCCAUCACCAGGAUGUGUGCUCUCAACGAGAACAUAGAGCGAGUGGUGUUUGUGGGGAACUUCCUGAGAGUGAACACCCUCUCCAUGAAGCUGCUGGCCUACGCCAUGGACUACUGGUCUAAAGGACAGCUCAAAGCUCUCUUCCUACAGCAUGAGGGUUACUUCGGAGCGGUCGGCGCCCUGUUGGAGCUUCUGCAUCCGUCCUAAUGUAUCCAAACUACACCCAAAGAAGCACUUGUCAAUCUGCUGCAAAGACCAUUAGCACUUUAGACUGUCCUGAAGUAAUUCCACAGUGGGAUGUUAGCCACACCAGCAGGUCACUGGUAAAUUUUAUCUGUCAAACAUUUGGAAGUUUCAGAAAUCACGCUGGUUAGUAAGAUGGUGAAAGUGGCUUCUAAAUGUUGACUCACAUCUCUUGUUGUGGUCGAUGGAUAGAAGUGUGUUUCCUGCUCGGACCAAAGCUGAACGCAGCAAAGUCACUGUCUGCAGAAACAAGACAGAUUUGGUCUGAAACAUCUCAAGGAAAUUCACCACAGUUGCCUGAAACACUCGGGUUAGAAAGCACUCGUCAUCGUUUAGUCUUGUGGACUGCAGGUACCCUCAGAGGGGUCAGGUCCUGGGCCAAACAUUUGUAAGUGUUUUCUAGGGUUUAUUUGACCCUAUUUAGGUACCAGGUGGAUGGUUUAACUGUAGUGAUUUUUAAGAUAAACACAGGAAAGAUGUCCCCAGUAAAUCAUCACUCAUCUUUGUUUAUGUCCUGAAUAUGUUUUUAAUUUACUGUCUUGUCUGUAAAAGGUCAGAAAAUAACUAAAAAUGUCCGACGCAAGAUUCCAGAGCCAAAGAUGACUUCUUUAAAAUACUUGUUUCACCCAAAAACAAAACAAUUCUAAACCCAAAGAUAUAAAGUUUACAAUCAUAUAAGACAAAUAAAUAUUUAGAUUUGACAAGCUUGAUCAAGGAAACGAUAAAAGAAGGAAAGGUCAUGAGGUCAGUGACAGCGUUUGAGGAGCCAGACUGAGUUAAAGGGGCGGCACAGCAAAUCACACUAUAACACCAAAUCAUUAAUGUUUCACCUUUAACUGAAAUUUUUUCCAUCUGAUUAAAAACACAAAUGAUGUGAUGUUGACUGAUGAUUUUUUUUAUCUAAACAUGCACUUUUGUUUUCCUGUUAUUGGUCUCCAAACAGAUCAUUUCUGCAUCUAGCUGCUGCGUCUCAGCCCCCGUUUCUUUUUAGCAGGUGCACGUGUUUAGUUAUUAACAACUAACCAGAUGUUAAACUUUUAAUUAUAUUUAAUAAUAUACAGAGGGCUGAUGUUAGAUAAUGUUUCCUAUUAUUAUCAGGAGGUGGCGCUACUCGCCAAAUAAUUAUAAAUCUGGACCUUCGUCACUUGUCAGUAUUUGUGACUUUGUCAGUUAUCUAAGUUAGCAUUUGUGCUUUGUUUAGCUAACGUUAGCGAGCUGUAACUCUGUUGAGUCGCGCCGUGUUGAUCUGGACCAUAAACGUCAGAAAGCAGUAUUUCAGUUUGUUAUUGUCAUUCUCUACGUACAGCAGCACACAGGGAACAAAAUGUUACUUUGGAAUCCAGGUGCAGUAAAAAUAUUUAGCAAACAAGACAUUCAGCAUGGACAGGGUAACAUUAAAGUGUAAUAAAGUGCAUUGUGAAUACUCAUAAGAAUAAAAUAGGUGUGUGCAGAGGAAUAAAUAUUGCAUAGUUAUGUACUGAUAAAACAACAAGGUGACAGUUUGGAAAACCUCUCGAGCUUUAUCGUUGUCAUGACUUGUGUAUGCAGCAGCUAAUUAUUGUUAAGUGACUAACGUAAGUACGAGUACAAAUCACUGAGGCAAACUGCGAGGCAUUAUAGCACACAGACAAGUCCUAGUUUGGCGGAUAUUUACCAAACUAAUAGAUCGUAUCAUUGAGUCCAGAGCGAGUAACAAUCAGAGCCAGUAAGAACUGAUAUGGUCAUAAUCACAGUCUGGUCAGUGAUAACAGGUCGAACCUGCCCUGUUUGUUCAUGUAUCCUGAUGUAACGUCAGAUAGGUUUGACCCAACAGGGGCCUGAGACAGAGCCAUGAUCUGUUUGGAGACCCAUAACAAGGAAAACAAAGGCACACGUUUAGAUAAAAAACACAAAUCAACAUCAUGUAAUGUGAGUUAUUAAUCAGGUGAAAGGAUUUUUCAGGUAAAGCUGAAACAAACUAUUGGCAAUGUUCAACUCUAGUCCCUAGUUGGGCUUUUACAUUUACACCUAAAAUGUUAUUAAAAAUAUACAUCAUACAACCAUCAUACACUAUAAACAUGGAAGGCACAAUAUAAUACAUAAACUACAAUCCACACACUACACACAGACCACUAUACACCAGAACUUUGACACUAAUAACCCUCAGACGUUAAAGAGCACAUUGAGCUCAGAGUGGCCACAGCUCUGGUUUGCUUUAAUCCAGCACUGACUUUUGUUGUGACAGAUUUUAAAUCUGAAGUCAGUUUGAUUUCAGUCAAUAACGUGUUCCAGAGUUGACAGCCCUUAAUGGAAAAAGCGAAUUGUCCAAAUUUAAAUUUACGAUAUGGUAUUUUACAGCUGCCAUUCACGCUGAUGCUCCUCGUUACUACAUUACUGUAUUGUCUUUGAUUAAAUCUGGAAAGAAGCUCUGGAGCUAAACUGAUGAUACAUUUGAAAACUGAUUUCAGGAAACAAAAGUUAACGAAGCUGACAAGACGUCACUGCCAUCAUUUCCUUAUUUUGUAGUUUCCUCGGUGAGAACCAGGAAUUAUUUGACAUUUUCCUGUCUAUAUUGGACUAAUCCUUUCAACACUACAUGUUGCUCUAAAUAACAACAUAUUGGAAAUAAAACAAGAGUGUUCAAUCUUGUAAAUGUUCGAGAUGAUCUCUGAGAGUUGAGAUGAUUUUUUCCGUCAUAGUUCACCCAUCCAUCUGGUACUCACAGUAAGCUUAAUCAACACAAUGAGAAUUAGUUACAUCCACUUAUAAGCGUUUUAUUGUUUAGCUUUUACUCUUCUAAUCAGACUUCUAAGCCAGGUUUCCUCACUGGAUGUUGACACCAUAAUGGAUUAAAAAUGCACCAGAGGUCACCACUUCAUCAAACGUAUUCUUUAAUGGAGACAUGAACUGUUACUGUUAUAAACUUGCAUCAUUUAUAAACAGCUGAGGUCUGAGUGUCUGUAGAGAUCACAUGAACCCAGUUUUUAACUUUCCAGCAGUUCUGCUAUCAGGAAAUCUGAACAGUCAGUUUUGGCGUUAGUGAGACUGCACUGUAACGCAUGAGUGAUAACAUUAAGUCCCUCUCUGACCUGCCCUGCUGAAGUGCCCUUGAGCCACUGCAUCCCUCUGCUUGUCCAGUGAAAAGGUGUCGAUGAAUGUGACAGUAGAGGUAAACACGGGGGCAUUAUCACAUCCCUGAAUCUUCCCCAGAUUCUAUAAGCAAAGUGAUUUUAAUGCAAAAACUUGAUGCAUUCCUCCAAUGGAGGUUCUAGGUCAUGUGACCCCUGACCACUUUUGUCUCGUUCAGUGUGUACUUUAAUGUUUGAGUGUAAUGCACGUCUUUGUUUUCCAGGAGACAUUUAACAGUCUCUGCUGUGUGUUAUCUGUUGUCUGUCCAUCAUUUCAUUCAUCCGUCCCAUUUCACUGUCUCAUGUUCAUUCAGUCAUCGGUCCAUCACGGAUCACAGGGACCACAAUCAGUCGUCACCAACUUGACGGAGAGGUUAGACUCCUGAAAUCAUUGGAGACUCAGUGGACACAGUUUUUCAGCCGUCAGUCAUAGAGAUAGUGAACCUGUAUAAUUCAGUGAGUUGAUAUUAAAUAAAGUGCCUGUCAUGUUUUUGUAGAGAAACAAUGAUGUGUUGAGCAGUGUGGUUUUAAACGACACAAACUGGUCUGUAACUCUGUAGGUUUCCUUCUGUGGUUUGAGUUUAACAAACAUAACAAAGAGAACUUUGUAUGUUUUUGUUACUGUCAUGAAACAUUUCUUAUUGUCACUAUUAAAUACAAACUUUUCAUA